GUGGGCUCUGGGGACGCUGCGCUCCGCCCCGAGGAGCCACGGCCGGGCACGCGGAGCAAGCAGCCAGAAGCCCGCGCCGGAGGGGUUUGAGAGGCACUGGCAGAGAUCUCGCGAGAUGGCACCAGAUGACGAUAGGCACGUAGGAUGAGGCCCCGCCUGGAAACCGUCCUCACGGGCCCAGUCUCCUGAUCGCAGUCGGCAUAUGGAACCAUGGCCCGGCUCCCGGGGCACCCGGAGGUCCCCAGCCCAGAGCCUGGCAGCACAAGUCGGGGAGGCCGAGGCAGUCGAGCGGCCCGAGCGCGACAUGUCAUUAUCAACGUCGGGGGCUGCCGGGUGCGGCUGGCCUGGGCCGCGCUGGCCCGCUGUCCCCUGGCACGCCUCGAGCGCCUUGGGCCACCCAGCCGCGGGCCCCCGGGGAGCCCGGUGCGUGCCCUGGGGACCGGGCGACUGGAACGAGGCCGACGGCGCCUGCGCGAUGUGGUGGAGAACCCGCACUCUGGGCUGGCUGGCAAGCUCUUCGCCUACGUCUCCGUGGCCUUCGUGGCGGUCACAGCCGUCGGCCUGUGUCUGAGCACCAUGCCUGACAUCCGAGCAGAAGAGGAACGGGGCGAGUGCUCCGCGAAGUGCCGCAACCUGUUCGUGCUGGAGACGGUGUGCGUGGCCUGGUUCUCCUUCGAGUUUCUGCUGCGCUCCCUGCAGGCUGAGAGCAAGUGCGCCUUCCUGCGGACUCCGCUUGCUAUCAUCGACAUCCUGGCCAUCCUGCCCUUCUACGUGUCGCUGCUCGCGGGGCUGGCGGCAGGGCCCACGGGCAGCAAGAUGCUGGAGCGCGCGGGGCUGGUGCUGCGGCUGCUGCGGGCGCUGCGCGUGCUCUACGUGAUGCGCCUGGCGCGCCACUCGCUGGGACUGCGCUCGCUGGGCCUCACCGUGCGCCGGUGCGCGCGCGAGUUCGGACUGCUGCUGCUCUUCCUCUGCGUGGCCAUGGCGCUCUUCGCGCCGCUCGUGCACCUGGCCGAGCGCGAGCUGGGCGCUCGCCGCGACUUCUCCAGCGUCCCCGCCAGCUACUGGUGGGCCGUCAUCUCCAUGACCACCGUGGGCUAUGGAGACAUGGUGCCGCGCAGCCUUCCCGGCCAGGUGGUGGCGCUGAGCAGCAUCCUCAGCGGCAUUCUACUCAUGGCCUUCCCGGUCACCUCCAUCUUCCACACCUUCUCGCGCUCCUACUCGGAGCUCAAGGAGCAGCAACAGCGCGCGGCCAGCCCUGAGCCGGUCCUGCAUGAGGACAGCACACGCGACGACAGCACGCGUUCGGCCAGCGCCACCGAGGACAACUCGCAGGACCCCGAGAGCGCAGGCACAGCAGGGAGCUCCCCAAGCCGGAGGGGACCCUGAACCGAGUGCUCUGCUUGAGAGCUUGGGCGGGGAAGGGAAUCCAAAGCCUCGGAGACACCAAGGGCCUGAUGAUCCAGGAGUCUCAAACUUGGUCUGGCAUGUCGUUGCAGCCAGCCUGGCACCCCAAGCAACCCCGAGCUUCGCGUAGCCUGGAGGAUAUAGCAGCCUGGUCUUUCUCUGCUUUUUAUUUUCCCUCCAGUUUUAAAUUUUCUAUGGCUAAUUAAAAAUAAUUGAGUCCCAGAAAUUCCAAGCCUGAAGCAAAUGCCAGCCACUCUAACUUUUGCCCCCUACCCACUGGCUCCUAAUCUAGGGCAGCCCCCAGGGAAUAGAGGGUGACAUCUACCUUGGGACCCUCAGUGGGCACUAUCCCAUGUAAAGGACACCUGACACAGCCCAUGUCCACAUCACCUGCCAAGCGAUGGGGCAGAGGUUUGACGAGGUACUUAGCCCCCAGUUCUGCCUAACUGCUCUUUGGCAGAGAGAGGAGAAACCUCAGCAUUGACCAUGCUCUGUUCCUCCACACCAUCUCAAUCAGGUGAUCAAGUUGCUCAAGGUUUGCAGAGUGGCCUUUUAACCCCUUCCCUGCCAUCCCAGCUAGCCUGUGGGAAGGCUAUCUGUCUCCAGGGGAUGUUCUCUUCUAUUGGGAUGUUUCCCUCAAGUGAGAGCAAAAACCCGGGUGACAGGUCUAGUGGGGUACAGGGGCAGUUCGAGGAGAUGGUGAGGACACCCCUAGGAGGCUCUUGCUGGGACACUGAUAGGCCAGGGAAGCAUGGCCUUUCUCUGCUCCGUGGAGGCGAGGAAAAUGGAUCUUGCUUCGCUCUUUCCAACAAGCCCGCAGGUGGUGGCACAUGCCUGUAAUCACAACACUUGGGAAGUGGAGGCAGGCGGAUCAGAUGUUCACUGACACCCCCUACCCCCACACACACCAUACCUGAGAUAGACCUCCUCCAUCAGGAGGGAAGAUCCUCUGUCUUCAGGUCAUUCACUGCCUACUGCAUAGUAAGUAACUUCCAGCAAGGCCCCUAUAUGAGCUCAGUACAGGCCCCUUUGGGGUCCUUGUACCACUGGCUUUGCAAGAAUCUACUGCAACCAAAUAAAAAGUUGUCAGCCCCCCCCCCCACAGCAGUAAGCUGAGUUCCUCUCAGUUGGGUAUCAUUUAUGUUCUGUGGGGUCCACACUGAGCCUGGGGUUCCUAGAGCUAGAAAGGGGGGGGCAGGUUGGUUUCCUAUGAUGUGUGGUAGGGGUGGCAUGGGGUGGCAGACCUGCACACAAAUGGGCUUCACCUGUCAAGGCACUGGGUAUGAGAGAUAAGAGGCCUGGGAAGCAAACUGGUAACUUGGUCUUGCCAGCAGCAACACUCCAGGGCCAAGCAAGAGAUGGAGGCCCGUGACCCACCCAAGGCAACCUUCUCCUGCUUCUCUGGAAUCUUUGGACAAUCUCCUUGAGACAAAAGGGAUGCUCAGCUUUCAGAUGGAGAAAACAGCUGCUCAGGAUGGGGCUGGCCAAGCCUGGCUGAAACCUGGAGCCUAGCAUGGGGUUUGCUGAGUCUGUGGUUGCAGCCCUCUACAGAACAGAGCCCUCUUCUUGCUAAUGGACCCCACAUCUACCAAGGCCAAAGCCAACAGGGUUUUUAAAGAUACCUUUGAAGCAACUUGGGAAAUGCAGGGAGUGGAAGGGCCAGAGCUUCCUCAAAGAGGGGGUAGAGCUAGAAGCUACCCAGUGGACCCUGGGCUCAGGCCUGCCUCCCUAGCACGUGUAGCAAUGUGGGUAGACCUUGAACACACACUGGAGGCGGGUCUGGGGCUUCCAAGGUGAACUGCCCUUCCUGUAGCAAUGGCUUUGGGCUUGCUUAGGUCCCAACAGGGAUUUUGGUACCAGCAGACAGAGAUCUAGCCAGAAGGAAACCUUCUGUACCAGGCUGGCAUUCAAGGUGGCUCUCUUCUCCAGGGGCAGUAUGGACUUCUGCUACACAGGUACACUGAAUUCCUCCAUGAAGACCCCCCAAAAGUAAACUUCAGGUUGCAGUCCCCUGGAAGUUAGGGAAGUCAUGAGGAAUGAGCAUGGGAUCCAUUGUCGUUCUGGCCAGUAUCCAACAGUACUCUCAACCAGGGGCAUUAGAAGCCACCUUGAAUUACCAUAUGGUGUGGGGUAACAGCCAGCUCUGUUGAGAAUGGUGGGAAGGGAAGGACACAUUCCUUCUGAGCUAGCAAACCACCUGCUCUGGGAUUCUCUGCCUAGAGACCCAGGCAGAUUCCUCCACCUCCUGAAAAACUUCCCAGAAGGAUAGAGGGCUGGGCAUGCUGUGGCCUCAGCUUCCUGUUUGGUUUCAGGGAACACGUAUUCCCCAGAUUCCAACCAGUGCUCUUGGGACAUAGGUGCAGUCCAUAUGGAAAUAUUUAGUAAGGCACCACGGUGCACUGGCUGCAUCCUUGGUGCCUGUGAUCCUUACAGUGACCACAACCACAGCAAUGAUGGGGCUGCAGAAAGCAGGUCUUUCUCACACCCCAAGAGCCAGCUGGGUUUGUGUGCUCUGAAAUGUGGUGAGGUGCAGCCUCAGUCAUGCAGGCAAUGACCCCAAAGUCUACCAGCACCCCGCCAGGCAAGAGAACAGAAGCAAGCCCGGGCAGUGCCUCACUCCCGAGCUUCUCUUUCCUCACUGUUAAACAGUUGGUCCAGAGUGGUCUCUACUUCCACAGCUUGGAAAAGCAUAAUCCCAGUCAUGACUGUACAUCUCUGGGUUACCUGGAACCCUCUGUCACUUCAUGGAGGGCAAUGUGAGUCCAUUUCAAGUCCACAUCCUUAAAUGCCAGACAGAUGCCCUCAUCCACUCAGGCAUGGACCAAGGUUCCUAAGGGCCACAUGAGCCCUUCAAUCCAAUGUAACCCUGUACCAGCACCCAAACCCCAAAUUAGUGCCUGUCACCCUUCUACACAAAUUGGUACCACCAUCCAGCACCCUACAUCUCACAACCCCCUCCCCGCCUUGUGCACCUGCUGCGAUUCCAUCCUCCCUACCAGACCCACAUGCAAUUUAUUGACUUAGACGAGACACCACAUGGAGCAUAUUCAUUCGGCAGCUGGGCCUGCAACCGAAGGCAUUUACUUUGGAGGCAAUUACCACUACAGACAUCUCCCUUCAUUUUUUUUUUUAAAAAUAAACAUCUUACAAACCAGAGAGUAAGCAAGAAUCUUGCUCACACACUUAGACUAUCUGAGGGAAGCUUGAAGGUGGCACAGUGUGGCCUCUUCAGCCAUCUGGUGAGCCACCACGACCAUCAGAGCUAUUGUGCUGACUGUGGAUGGCAUCA